GACUUCAGAUCACUUCCUGACAGUGAGAGCGUCCGAUCCGGGCCCAGAGGUGUCUGUCCAUUGUGUGUUACAAGUCCAUUAAGGAUGCCGGAGCCUCUGGAUCUCUCACCUCCAGACAUUCCAGAGCCCAGCUUUCUAGAGACCUUACUCCGCUAUGGACUGUUCUGCGGAGCAAUCUUUCAGCUCAUCUGCAUCCUGGCUAUUAUAUUCCCUGGAAGCAAAUCACAGGACACGGAACCUGACACUUCAGAAGUAAAAAGCACAGAUGUAGUGAGAAAACCUAAGAUGGCCACUGUGACAACUGGUAAAAAGCAGAAGAAAGAGACAAAGAAGAAGAGGUGA